AGCAGCCAUUCAAUCGAACAGCGCGAGCGCGUAGCUCAUCGAAAUCGAAGAAGGCAAAGACAGAGUGGGAAAGAGAGAAAGAGUGCCACCCCCCUUUUGGCCCCACCGCUUCUUUUUUUUAGUUUUGUAAUAAAUAGCGCUGUAUAAAGCGACCACGCUACCAAACGGAAAGAACCCGCGCUGUGAGCAGAGCAACAACGUAGAUAGACGGAGAGAGGAGAACCCGGAGAACGGAACGGAACGGACAGAACGAACACCUUAAAGCCAAAAACCAAAGCAACCAAAAGCGAAAGAAGGAAGGAACAAAAGAACGAACCAGCAGAUACGAGAGGGACAAAGACAGAGGGAGAGUGAGAACACAACAAAGAACACAAAACAGAAACAGAAUUAAAACAAAACAAAACAAAAAAUAGAGCUGAAAAAGUUAGAGGAGAAGGAGGAGGAAAUGACAACGAAACAACCAAGAAAAGUUGCCCCCGAUGGCGGCUGGGGUUGGGUUGCCUGUUUUGGCGUUAGUUUGGUCAACCUUGCCACACGCUCCAUAGAGCCAUCGUUUGGUCUGCUUUUUGGCGACACCCUCAAAGAUCUCAAUGUGGGCACCACUGGGGCGGCGGUGAUCAUCAGUGCGCUGGACGUCUGCAUGAAUUUCUCGGGGCUGUUUGUCGGUCCGCUGCUGAAGGAGUUCUCCUACCGCAAGGUGGCCAUUGCCGGCUCCCUGCUGUGCGGCCUCGGGCUGGCCCUCACAUCGCCCGCGACGAGCAUGGCCCACAUUCUGAGCACCUAUUCGGUGAUCAAUGGCAUCGGUGUGGGCCUGUCCACAUCGGCGGCCUUUGUGGCAUUGAAUCAUUACUUCAAGCACAAGCGCGGCCAGGCGGUGGGCCUAUCGAUGGCUGGCACAGCCAUUGGCAUGUUGAUCAUGCCGCAGCUGGUGAGGAUACUGCUGGAGGCGUAUGACUUCCAGGGCGCCGUCCUGCUGCUGGCGGGCGUGGCUCUGAAUGCCACUGUCGGUUCGGUGCUGCUGCAGCCGGUGAAGUGGCACAUGAAGGAGGAGUUCGAUGAUGAGGAGCUGAUGUGUAUAUCGGCAUUGCCGACACCCCAGCCCCAGCUGACAAUAGGGGGCGGCGGCGCGGCGGUAGCUGCGUCGGCGGCCUCGCCGCCCGACUUCAAGGUGAUCAAAGAGGAUGGCAACGAGGAGGAUGCCCUGCCAGAGAUGAACACCCUGCUGUUCCACAAGCAUCACGCCCAUCAGCACUCCAUGCGCAAAAACUACUCUGAGAUGGCCAUGAACACAAUGAAUGGCGCCCGCCUGGGCAUACCCAAGCGUCCCACCUUUCCGCGCAUCAUGUCCCUGGCGGGUGUACAGUCGGCGGCCCACGGUGCCGGUGCCGAUGGCGCCUACACCUCACAGGCGGAGAUCAAUGCCACGCAGCUGCGCUGUCGCAAGGCCUCGGUUACCUCGAACCUCUCCUACAUGGACUUCACCGGCUCCAUACUGCAAGUGCACCUCAAUACCGGCGACGAUGAGUUCGAGCAGAAUGAUCGCGAGCUGCGACGCGUUGGCACCGCCACCGGCAGCAUUGUCCUUGGCGGCCAUCGCGAUAGUUUCAUCAAAAUGAAGCCCACGGAGCUGGACAAGCAGACGGAGGCGGCUCUCGCCGCCGCUGACGAUGAGGAGGCCAAAAAGAAGAAACCAAAAAAGCCCGGCUUCUGGCGCCGAUUUGCCGAUCUGCUCGACAUUGACAUGCUCAAGGACAAAAUGUUUCUCAAUCUGCUGUUCGGCCUGUCCAUCUUCUAUGUGGCCGAGAUGAACUUCAAGAUGGUGACGCCCUUCUUUUUCGCCAAUCUGGGCUACCAGAAGGCGGAUGUGGCCUUCUGCCUCUCAAUCACAGCCAUCACGGAUAUUGCAGCACGUAUUGUGCUGCCGCCGCUCUUCGAUAGGACCACCAUCCGAAAGCGUACCAUUUUUCUGGUUUCCAUUAUAUUUGUGGCUCUAACACGUUCAAUCAUGGCCGAGCAAACGGAUUGGACACAGCUAAUGAUUUGGCUAUCGAUUUGUGGAUUCUUUCGUGGCUCGGCACUGAGCAAUUUCACGCUCACCGUCUCCGAGUAUUGUUCGCUGGAGAAGCUGCCAUCGGCCUUUGGCUGGCAUUUGGUGGGCAAGGCAUUGUUUGUGAUAACAUUUGGGCCACUGAUUGGACUCAUUCGUGAUGUAACCGACAGCUAUCCCAUUUGCAUACACACCCAGAGCUUCUGCAUUAUGCUGUGCGCCUUCGCUUGGGGCAUUGAGUAUUUGGUGGAGUUCCUUAACUCGCGCCGUCGCACUGCAGAUGCUGCACAGGUGCCCACGCAGGAGGCAGCCGCAGCAGCGCCCACGCGGACGACGCAGGAUGUGAAAUUGUAAAAAGGGGGGGGGAAGAGAGAUGCAAAAAGAAAAAAAAACACGAUGAAGGAUUAGAUAUGAGCUAUACUAUAUAUUUAUAAGGAAGAAGACAAGGCUCGCUCGCUCGCUCGCUCGCUUGCUGUAGGCAGGAGUACACUUAAGAGAGUGGGGAUGGAGUCCCCCGCACCCUGUAUAACACCUACACCACCCACUCCCCACCACAAGACCCCACCCCUCACCACUGUACCCACAAAAUGUAUUAAAAAAAAAAAAAAACUUAGUUAAUUUUUUUUUUGUUUCUUUUGUUUUCUAAAUAAUUUAGUACAUAAGAAAG